AUGCCUGUCGGAAGCUUUGAUUUCAUGGUUUCUGAAAACUUGUUCUACAUUCGCCAGUCUCUGGUGAGCGAGUCUUCAGUAUUCGCGCUUUACCCAACCAACUCCCGCUUCAACCAUUCUUGUGCCCCGAACACAAAUGCAUCAGACAACGUCGACGAUACCAAAGAAAUGUUCGCAACCAAUGAUAUUGAUUCUGGUGAGGAGUCACAUCCACUUCUUACGAUUUACAUGACUCGAAGUGAGCGCAACGAAAGUCUUCAAAGCAGAAGAUUUACCUGCGAGUGCAGAGUAUGCCACCUUGAAGCUCCCCUCCAGGAAUUGAGUGACCUGCGCCGUCGAUUGAUUCGAGGGUAG